UAAAUCUAUAGAUAAUAAAAUCAAAUGAAAUUGAUAAUUCUAUGCUUAAUGAUGGUUGGAGUUUUCUCAUCCUUAUCAGAUCAAGUUAUUACACAUAAAGUGAAAAUAGGAGUGAAAAUUGAUGGGUAGAAUGCAGGUGAAAUCUCAUUAGGCCUCUUUGGGGAGGUUGUACCAAAAACUGUUGAGAACUUUAGAGCUUUGUGCACAGGGGAAAGAGGAUUAGGUUAUGCUGGAUCUCCAUUCCAUAGAAUAAUUCCAAAUUUCAUGAUAUAAGGAGGCGAUUUUGUAAAUGGAAACGGAACAGGAGGAGCUUCAAUUUAUGGGAGCUCAUUUAAUGAUGAAAAUUUCAAAUUAGAACAUGAAAUUGGUUGUAUUUCAAUGGCAAAUGCUGGACCAAAUACCAAUGGCAGUCAAUUCUUUAUUACUACAGCAGAAACUCAUUGGUUGGAUGGAAAACAUGUCGUUUUUGGGCGGGUUAUUGAGAAUAUGGAUUUGGUAAAGACAAUCGAGUCCAAAGGAUCACAAAGUGGGAAACCAUAAGCCAAUGUAGUUUUUGCUUCCUGCAGUGCUGAAGCUGUAUAGAAACAAUCAUGA